AUGGACGCCUCCUCCCUCUGCAUCUCCAAGUUCGAUGGAACUAACUUCCACGCCUGGAAGUUCAAGAUGCAGAUGGUGCUGGAGGAACGGGACCUAUGGGAGGUCGUCAGCGGUGAGAUCAAGGCGGAACAGUGCGAGACUCAGUUGGACCAAGCGACGUACAAGAGGAAGUCAAGAAAGGCGAUGGCAGUGAUCUGUCUAGCCAUGGAAGAUUCCCAGCUACCGUUGGUCCGGUCGGCAAGUGGUGCAUGCGACGCAUGGUUGUUGACGGUCAUCGGUUUCUACCAGUAUUGGUAA